CUUCAAAACUUAUGUCUCAUACUGGUACUAAAAUACAUAUUCUUAGCACUACAAGAUUUUCAAGACCUUUAAAAAAUUCUAAGUUAUAUGAUAUACAAUCUAAAUUAGGUUUAAAAAAAGGUAAUAUGUUAAGGGUGUGUGAUACUAGAUGGGGUUGCAGGUACAAAAAUUGCGAGACUAUGUUGAACAAUUUUAAUGCAAUUGUUGAAUAUCUUGAAAAUGAAAUUAUUGAACAAUCUGAUAAAGAUAUUGCUCAAGCUAUUGACUUAUUAAGUUCUAUACAGAAAUGUGAAUUCAUUAUAUUUCUUAUUAUUCUUAAAGAUUUAUUGAGUAUAAUGAUUAUAUUAAGUAAUAAUUAACAAAGUAAA